CUCAAUACACGCCGCGAUUAUUUUUUUGUUUGUUCUUAUUGCCAAUGCCAUAUAUAUAAUCAAAUCGAACCAAACCAAACCAAUCCAAUUCACAAACUGCAUUUCCAAACGCGAAACGCAAAACGCGAUUUCAAAUUGAAACUCUAAUUCACUAUUCACAUGGCUGAUUCAACACCAACCGAUUCAGUGUCGGUGGACAUGGAUUCCAUCUCUCCUUCACCUAAGGAACAUAUUAUCAGAACAUGUCACGGUUCUGUCUCUGUUGCUGUGUAUGGAGACCAGGACAAGCCAGCUCUUAUCACUUACCCUGAUUUGGGUUUAAAUUACGUCUCCUGCUUUCAAGGGUUAUUAUUUUGUCCCGAAGCAUAUUACUUGCUGCUCCACAAUUUUUGCAUAUAUCACAUUAGUCCACCUGGGCAUGAGUUGGGAGCUGCUGCAAUUGAUCCGGAUUACCCUAUUCUAUCAGUAGAUGACUUAGCUGAUCAAAUAGCUGAGGUGCUUAACUUUUUUGGUCUUAAUGCAGUUAUGUGUAUGGGAGUAACUGCUGGGGCUUACAUCCUUACCUUAUUUGCUAUGAAAUAUAGACAACGUGUGCUUGGUUUGAUACUUGUAUCUCCUCUAUGUAAAGAACCAUCUUGGUCUGAAUGGUUGUACAACAAGGUCAUGUCAAAUUUACUAUACUUUUAUGGCAUGUGUGGGGUGGUAAAGGAAAUAUUGCUGAAGCGGUACUUUAGCAAGGAAAUUCGUGGUGGUGCUCAAUUACUGGAGUCAGAUAUAGUCAAAGCAUGCCGAAGGUCGUUGGAUGAGAGGCAGAGCUUGAAUGUGUGGCGGUUCCUUGAAGCCAUUAAUGGGAGACCUGACCUAAGUGAAGGAUUGAGAAAAUUACAUUGCCGUUCACUAAUUUUUGUUGGGGAUAUGUCUCCAUUUCACUCAGAGGCACUCCAUAUCACUUCAAAGUUAGAUAGACGAUUCAGUGCCUUAGUUGAGGUUCAAGCAUGCGGGUCAAUGGUGACAGAGGAGCAGCCCCACGCCAUGUUAAUACCGAUGGAGUACUUUCUCAUGGGAUAUGGUCUGUACAGGCCAUCUAAGUUGAGUGUCAGCCCAAGAAGUCCAUUGAGUCCAUCUUGCAUUUCUCCAGAGCUUUUUUCACCAGAGAGUAUGGGUUUGAAAUUGAAACCAAUAAAGACAAGAAUAUCUAUGGAACUCUAGAAGUAGACGAAUAAUGGUUGUUUGGCAAUUUGCUUCCCCAUUUGAUCUGUUUAUGGAACAAAAUCAUUUUUCUAUGAAUAGUGGGAGAUCUGAUGAAAUGGGGAAUGCCAAAUGGUUGUAGAUAAUGGGAUAAGAAAAUAAGAUAUCAACAAAAAGGAAAGAAAAAGCAAGAGAUUAGAAGAAACGAACAGAUAGUUAUUCAUUCAUUUGUAAUCAUAGAUUUUAGUUAAUGAGUCUGAAGCCUUAAGUUGACAGCUUCAGAAUUGUUGUUUUUGUAUUUAAUUUUGUUUAAAGGUUGUGAUUACAAUUUGUAAAGCAAACAUGGAGGCAUAAAAAGUCUAUCUCCUGCUUUGAAAAUGUUGUCGGCAAUAGACAUUUUUUUCAAUGUUUAUAUUAUUAUUUUGUCUGCAUUUUCAAUGCGGUUCAAUUGUUAA